AUGGUGGGUCAACUCACGGUGUCUGACAACAUUGUGUCCAACCACAUGGUAUGUCAACCCAUGGUGUCCAACCACAUGGUGUUUCAACCCAUUGUGUCUAACAGCAUUGUGUCCAACCACAUUGUGUGUCAACCCAUGGUGUCUGACAACAUUGUGUCCAACCACAUGGUAUGUCAACCCAUGGUGUCCAGCCACAUGGUGUGUCAACUCAUGGUGUCUGACAACAUUGUGUCCAACCACAUGAUAUAUCAACCCAUGGUGUCCGACAACAUUGUGUCCAACCACAUGGUGUGUCAACCCAUGGCUUCCAACAACAUGGUGUGUCAACCCAUGGUGUCUGACAACAUUGUGUCCAACCACAUGAUGUGUCAACUCAUGGUGUCUGACAACAUUGUGUCCAACCACAUGGUGUGUCAACCCAUUGUGUCCAGCCACAUGGUGUGUCAACUCAUGGUGUCUGACAACAUUGUGUCCAACCACAUGAUGUGUCAACCCAUGGUGUCCGACAACAUUGUGUCCAACCACAUGGUGUGUCAACCCAUGGCUUCCAACAACAUGGUGUGUAAACCCAUGAUGUCUGACAACAUAGUGUCCGACCACAUUGUGUGGCAAACCAUGGUGUCCAACCACAUGGUGUUUCAGCCCAUGGUGUCUAACAACAUUGUGUCCAGCCACAUGGUGUAUCAGCCCAUGGUGUUCAACAACAUGGUGUGUCAACCCAUGGUGUCUGACAACAUUGUGUCCAACCACAUGGUGUUUCAACCCACGGUGUCCUACCACUUGGUGUGCCAACCCAUGGUGUCCGACAACAUGGUGUGUCAACCCAUGGUGCCCGGCCACAUUUUCUCCGACUUCGUUUUUUUAAAUGACUUUGUAUUCCUGGUCGCCUUUUUCUAA